AUGAUACUGCAUGUAUGGCUUUGUCCAGAAAGGGCCCACAAGGCGCGUACCAACGCGCGACAAUUUACACAAUAUGUUGCUGCAGAACGAGGCAGCCACUAUUCGACUACGGUAGCAUCACCAUCGUCAGAGCCGCUGUGGCUCAAGACUUUGCGCGGCAGGAUCUCUCGCGCCGUGUUGAGUCACGGGUACCAGAACGCCGGACCUUAUAUACGACGGAUAGUUGAAGAUGCCGAAAAUUCAACAAACCUACUUCUUCGAGUGAAAGGAACUUCCUCUAUAGAAUUUGGGCCCAUGUUCAAAGCCAGACACAAAAAAGGUAUUUUCACAAUAAUUAUAAAUAGUAUAAGAAGACUUGUUGUUGCCCACGACUCCGUUUAUGUGACAAUUCGCUAUUUUUCACAAAUACCGUUGGAAAUAAAAAUACCAUUUUAUUUAAUAAGUAGCUUGAAAAUGUUCAAGUUCCAAUUAUCAGUUUAAGCCUAAACAGACUUACUUUCGAAUUUAUAA